AACGAUCCUUUAACGGUUUACCCGUUGCAUCUCAUCAUAAAGGUCAAGGCGUGUAAGUGCUUUCUACGACUCCUGUGAACACGUUUCACUGAGCCUCAGCGAAUCAAGAGUUCCUUUCAUCCGUAGUACCCGGAUUUACCCGUAGGGAAAUUAGCUACGUCAUUGUUCACGGACUGACUACAGCUGGAAAUAAUACAUGGACAUGCACGUAUAAUAAUAUAUUUAUAAAAAAAUACAGCAAUGAACAAUGACCAUAGUUGACAGAUCUUCAGAGAAAUCUGACCUAGAGUCAGUCGGGUGCAAGCGCUCAGGAUCGCUGAACUUUCCCGGUGGUGACGGGAACGGGAUGGACAGUGGCUGCUCCAGCUGGGGGGCGGGGGGCCCCUCGUCCUCCGACACCCCCAGGGUGAAGACAGGGGGCUGCAUGGGUCCCACCCCUGGAGCCACAGUCAACAGCAGCAGUGCAGACAGGCCCAAGGAGCAAGUGGUGCUGACCAGUGGGGACGGCAUCGCCCUGCCCCAGAAGGUGCUGUUCCCAGCCGAGCGGCUCAGCCUGAAGUGGAACCAGGUCCACCGCAUCGGAUCAGGUCUCCAGAACCUGGGAAACACCUGCUUCCUCAACUCUGCUCUGCAGUGUCUCACCUAUACCGCUCCCCUCACUAACUACAUGCUGUCCCGGGAGCACUCUAAAACAUGUCAUGAGCCUGGGUUCUGUAUGAUGUGCACAAUGCAGAAUCACAUCACCCAGGUCUUCGCCAACUCUGGGAAUGUCAUCAAGCCCAUCGGAGUCCUCAACGAGCUCAAAAGGAUUGCAAAGCAUUUCCGCUUUGGCAGCCAAGAGGACGCACAUGAGUUCCUGCGGUACACAGUGGACGCUAUGCAAAAGUCCUGCCUGCCUCUAAACAAAUUGGACAGGCAAACGCAAGCAACCAGUUUCAUCCAUCAGGUCUUUGGAGGGUAUCUACGGUCCAGAGUAAAAUGUUUCAACUGCAAAGCGGUCUCUGACACGUUUGACCCUUAUUUGGAUGUUGCUUUGGAAAUAAAGACUGCUCCCAGUAUCACAAAGGCUCUGGAACAGUUUGUUAAGCCUGAGCAGCUAGAUGGAGAGAAUGCCUACAGAUGCGCUAAGUGUAAGAAGAUGGUUCCAGCCUCUAAGAGAUUCACCAUCCACCGCAGCGCUAAUGUGCUCACCAUCUCACUGAAGCGAUUUGCCAACUACAACGGGGGCAAGAUCGCUAAGGAUGUAAGGUAUGCUGAGUGCCUAGACCUGCGUCCCUUCAUGUCUCAGUCCCACGGCGAGCCCCAGGUCUACGUGCUCUAUGCUGUCCUGGUGCACUCUGGCUUCAGCUGCCACGCUGGACACUACUACUGCUACGUCAAAGCUAGCAAUGGCCAGUGGUACCAGUUGAAUGACUCCUCUGUGUUGGUCAGUGACAUCAGGUCAGUCCUCAACCAGCAGGCUUACGUCCUCUUCUACAUCAGGUCACCUGAUCUGAAGAAUGGAGGGGACUACAAUCACACGUGCCGGACCCCGGGGCCCCUCGGCCAGUUGUCCCCCCGCCCCAUCCUCACACCCCGGGUCAACAUUGGGCCACGACACACCAGCACUGGCUUCAUAGGGCCACAGCUGCCCCCACACAUGGCCAAGAACAUCUUUCAAGUCAAUGGGAACGGCUCGCUAAGGGACUACCCCUCUGGCUCUAAGCCCAGCACCAGCAGUGACAACAGCAUGGGCAAGACUAGCUACAACCCGCUCGCCACCUCUCCCUCCCAUCCUCUCAACCGUCCCACAGGCAUCCCUGACCCUGCCAAGCGCCAGAAGCUCUCCUUCUUCAUCGGUCAGGGCAAACAGAUCCGCCCCUCAUCAUCCACUUAUGCCCAGCCGUCCUCUUCGUCACAGUCUACAUCAGACAUGUCUACGCCCCGGGAUCCUCGCAUUAACGGCACUCCCUCCGUUAACAGAAACGGUCACGGGGCGUCGUUCCUGGUGCCGUACGGCCAGGAGUCGUCUGAGGAGUCGGACCAGGAGGGAGGCAGUGGUCUGGGGAACGGCACGGCUAAGCCUCACGUUAACGGGAGGAAGGGAGAGACCGUCUACGGCCCCGUCCCCAGAGUGCUGACCCUCAAGACCAACGGCAUCGGUAAUGGCCAGGCUACCAUGCACCGUAACGGGACCAACAGCUUCUCCAAACUCAGUCAGAACGGACACCACAACAUCAAACACCCUGAGAAGAUCCACGGUAACGGUCAUGCGAUGUCACCCGGUUUGGGUUCCAGCAUGUCUAAUGGGGCGGAGGCUCACCACAGUGGCCCAAGCAAAGAAGUGUAUUGCGCCAACCCCAGCCAGGCCAGCACCUCUCAAGGCCUGCACAGUGCCGACAUCGACAGCCGCCUCUCCCUCACCCCAGAGAAAAGGACUAAAACGCACUCUGGCCCCCUCCCUCACCACGCACCAUCAACCGCUGCUAAACCUCCAUCCUCAUUGGCUGAUGUUGGAGCUAAACCACUUACCGACGCCUUGAGGGAAUCCAGCUCCAACCCUGGGGUCUUAUUCCUCCAGCCCACUCCCCGCUCCCUCAGUACCCCAGUCGCCCCAGUCCUCUCCGGACCAGGCCUGGGAGCCACGAAAGAUCUCGGAGCCCCACACAGGGGAUCUGGGGAGGACGUCAGGGAGACCCAGAACAGCCCAGCUGUAGGGCUGGAUGGAAAGCCCAGCUCCAGAGAUGGAAGAGACCAGAUGUACUCUUCCGAUCGGGAUAAGGAGAAAGGCGGGUUGAACUCUUCCGAUCGGGAUAAGGAGAAAGGCGGGUUGAACUCUUCCGAUCGGGAUAAGGAGAAAGGCGGGUUGAACUCUUCCGAUCGGGAUAAGGAGAAAGGCCGACUACAUUCUUCGGACUGCGAUAGGGAUCGAGACCGGCUGUACUCUUCUGACCGGGAUAAAGACGGAGAAGGGGAUAGGUACCACCGGGACAGGAGCCGUGAACGCAACCGGGACCAUGACUCAGACCACUACAGGCACCGGCGAGACCACCGAGACAGAGACCACCACCGGUCGUACCGGGACCGCUCGCUCAGCCGGGACAGACACCGGAACUGGGAGUCUGAGGCAUUCCUCUCACAGCGACGCUAUCACCCCAGAGAGAGGGACAGGGACCGCUGUCACCACCAUUACCACCACAGAACGAGUAAGGACAGGAAUAGGGACAGGAGGGAGCACAGCCACCACAGCCUCCCACACAGAGAGGAGCCUCAUGGACGCUCAAGGUGGAGGGAUGAAGGUAAAGAGAGGUGUUACUACCCUUCACAGGAGACCCCUCUACCCACCCCACUGAGCUCCAGCACCAAGCCCAGUCAGUCCCUCCCAGCCCUUUCCCCAGCCAUACCAGCCCUGGUGAAACGACCCGAGCCUCACAGAGAGGAGAGAAAGGACAGCUCUGAGGAGCAUCGGGCCAAGAAACCCAAGAAGAGCAAGAAGAAGAAGUCCAAGGACAGAGAGAGGCACCGAGAGAAUAGGACAUUUGACGUGAAUUCCUCUGACAGGGCAGCCAACGGCAGCAGUUCCUCCAAACACAACAAAAGUAGGAGGUACGACACUGACACGGAGGAUGAGAAGUCAGGGGGUGAGAUCCAGUCUACCCAGAGUCCCGAGGGGCACUGUGACCCCAAUGCCCCCCGGGAGGGUCGCAGGGCAAGCAGCAGCGAUGAUGAGAGGGCGAGCAAGAAGCGACGUUGCCAGGACGAUGGCUAUGACAAAAGCUACCCUAAGAUACGCCAUCGCGCCGAUGACAACGACCGCUCCUUCUCCUCUCGUGAUGGAUCACCAACAGCAGCUCCUCAAAACGCAUCGCACUGCCACUUCAACGAACACACAGGUAAUGGCUUAGGUCAACCCAAUGGAAACUCCCACGAAUGUUCUACCAAUGGACUGUACAAUGACCUUAGACAGUAGAUUUUCUCUGUUUGACCAGAGACACAGAACAAUACUUGGAAUACUUUACUUUAAAUAUCAACCUUUUAUAUAAGUGAAAUUCAACAGCAACAGGAAUGUCAUCCCGAAUAUUUGAACGUGGUGCUGUAUUAUUGGGAAUAUACUGUAUUUUUACCACAUGAGAAAUUAACAUUCUACUAGAUUCUUUUUUUAAAUAGAUUUUUUUCAACUUCACUCGUCACUCAAUGUACAUUUAUGAUAAAUAAUUAACAAAAGAAUAAGCUGCACAGUGGAAGACUCAGGACUUUGUUCAAACGAGACGUAUUCCUCCUCGGAGAACUGAUCAACUGGUUAAAUAAUCCAAAAAGAGGAAGACGAAUAGUUUUCUUGCCUAGGAGAUUACCUGUUUGGUAUGACAUCAGUUGGCUGCAAGUUUGUCACCAUUAUCCACAUAGGUGGAGGUAUAAAACCUCUCUCUGAUGGAGGGAAAUGUUAUUGAGUGAGUAGUGUCUGAAGGAGAAGGCCUGGUGUGACUACGUGUGUACUUAACACAACUCCACCUAUCCUGGAGAGACUUCAGGAAAGCUCUUUGUUACUUUUGAAAGCCUAAGAUCGUCUCCCUCCCUCUGCAUCUUGCUCUCACUGAGAUGUCCAAUUCUUUUAACUUGUUAUUCAAGCAUUUAAAAAAAGCUGAACAAUAAUCAUGUUCUCUCUUAUGGCUUUGAACCUGUGUUUCUGCUUUAAAAAAAAAAAUGUUUUCUAGCAUCCAUAAGAAAUACUGUGAAUACAAUUUUGAACUGUACUAUCAGUUUAUACAUAAGUCCUGUAUCAGGAAUAGUUUUGUUUUAGAGAAUUACCACAAUGUAAUUUAGACCUUGUUCUAAAUUGACACAAGUCAGUGAAAUAGGUAGAAUGGUUUGCUUGUUUUUUUUUCUACCUAAAAAGACAAAUGGUCAUGUUAACAUGUUUUUAGUUCUACAAUAGCAUGUCAAAUUUAUACAUUGUACAAGGUAUAUAAAAAGGCGUAAAUACAUUUGCUAAUGUCAAAGUAACUCAUCUUACUAUGUUUACACACAUUGUUUGUUGGAGUGAAAGCUGUUGAUUAACUGGGCAUGUAUGUACACACCGAUGGGAAUAGUGUCUGCCUUUGUAUUGGACGAAUGAAGUCCGUUCUCUGAAUUUUGGUAAAAGAUUUUGCAUAUGA